CUUGCUCACAACAUCAGAUCAGUUGGGCUGGUCGUUGGUUAGGUGGUUUGCAUGAAAACUCAGUGGAACACGGUAAUGCAAACAGGCUCGCAUGGCUGUUGGAUUUAACGUGUGAAUGGGGGCUGCUAGCCCUUCACUCCACUUUGGAUUGCCAGCGGGAUUCGUCAGUGAUGUGUUCAUGUUUUGUCCAAGGACCGGCGACACGUGUGGGAAAGGCGCUGCUGUAAAAGGCUCGAAACCAUAUUCAGUUCUAUUUAUGCGCUGAAGAAACUGUUUUGUUUGCUAUGUAGGGUGGAACCGUGUCUGCUGAAAAUAUCGACUGAACCGUUGUUGCAGAUUCGUAUUUUUCUUUCACGUAGCAUACAUGCGAGUCGUGGUGUUUUCCUUGAGUUGUAAUUUAACGAGUAAUCUUUGUUUGUUUUUCACAAACUUAAAAGUAUCAAAGUUCUGAAAUUAAAUUCACCAUUUGUUAUUAUAAAAAAUAAAAAAAAGCGUUUGUAACUUAAACAAAUACAGACGUUAGAUGUCAAAUGCUGCUAUAUGAAAUCGAAUUCGGCGUGAGAACCUGAUCGUGAACCUGUUGAUAAGAAAAGAAAACAAACAAACAAAAAAACAAAAACAGACACACACACACACACACACACACAAAGAUUUGUAUAGCUGUUUAUUUCUGUUAAAAUAAGUAGAAAUAUUUAUUUUGGUGAAAUGGAAAAAAUGUGUGAGAGUGCCGAAGAAGAAAUCGUGGACCAGCAGCCUCCCAUCCAGAAUGGGUAUGCGCUCCACUCCGGCUCGGAUGUAAGACCACCUUUCAGCAUCCUGAUAGCCACCACGCUGUACUUUGCCGAGUUCGUGACCGCGGCGGUGCUGUGCUAUCACUACAGCUGGUCCGAUGACCCCUUCUGGUUGGGCCUGACCAUCACGUUCAUGCUGGUUCCGUCUGUUCUCAUCCAGCUGGCACUGACGUUCAUCCACCGGGACCUGGGGCGGGACCGACCUCUAGUACUGCUGAUACACUUGCUUCAAAUGGGCCCCCUGAUCAGGUGCAUAGAGGCUCUGGUCGUGUACUUCCGCUCCGGGAAAAGGGAGGAGCCCUACGUCACCAUCUCCAGGAAGACCAGUCUGAAGCACGGGACGGAGCUGGAGAGCGAGGUCGGGCACUCUGCUCGCAAGCUAGCUGAACACCGCAAUGCCUUCAAACGCACCGCCGUCAUCCAGGCCUUCCUGGGCUCCACCCCCCAGCUCACCCUGCAGCUCUACGCCACCAUUCAUCAGAAAUACCUCUUUACAACCAGAGUCAUUCUGAUGGGGGUCACGCUCGUCUCCAUCACCUACGGCGCCCUGGUCUGCAGCGUGCUGGCCAUCCAGAUCAAAUACGACAACUACAAAGUGCAGCUGCGGCCGCUGGCCUACCUGUGCCUCGUGCUGUGGCGCAGCCUGGAGAUCGCCACGAGGGUGACCGUGCUCGUGCUGUUCUGCACCGCGCUGCGCUACUGGAUCUUCCUUGUGGCUCUGGCCAACAUGCUCUUCCUCUUCUUCCUGCCCUGGGUGGAGUUCUGGAGGAAGAAGGCCCCCCUGCCGGAGAACGUGGAGAAGAACUUCAGCAAGGUGGGCACCACGGUGGUGCUCUCCAUGGUCACCUUCCUGUACGCCGGCAUCAACAUGUUCUGCUGGUCGUCCGUGCAGCUGAACCUGGCUGACCGGGACCUCAUCGAGAAGUCUCAGAGCUGGGGCCGCCUGGCUGUCUACUACACGGUGCGCUUCCUGGAGAACUCCGUCCUCAUCGUCCUCUGGUACUUCAACAAGACCGACUUCUUUGAGUAUUACUGCUCCCCGCUGCUGGUGGUGCAGCUCAUGAUCACCUACAGCCUGGCCAUCUUCUUCAUGCUGGCCUUCUACCAGUACUUGCACCCCUGUCGCCGGCUUUUCACCCACAACGUCAGCGACUGCCUGCGCUGCGUCUGCCUCAGGCACAGAGGUCUUCCCAGGCACACCCAGGUGCCGCCCCUCCCAGACCUCACAAGAGAAAUCCGGGAAACGGACCUGACCGAUGAUAUCCUGAUGGAUGCAGCUUGAGCAGGUCAUUUUGAUUUGGGAACAGGAUUAAGGCGCAGAUGUGGAGCCAAAGAGCCAUUCGGGUCUGAUUGCUUUGGGCUUGCCGUAGACCGAACGAAUCAAAGCUCCACAGGCCGGAGCAAUCCAGGUACUGUUACUGUUUGGACAGGCCCGAGUGGUGACAAGCCUGGCAAUUGAACAUAGUGUGGGUUUUCAUUUUAUUUGUUUAUUUUGUUUUGGUUUUUUAAGAGCAGUUUUAAAUAUAUAUAUUUUAUCAUAAGUCAG